CUCCAAACCGACAAGCGCAGCAACAUUGACUCACAGCAUCUCUAACUAAGCUAGCUGUCCAGGCCCCGCGACGCCACCGCCGACGCUCGCUCCUAAUACACACUAACGCUCCUCACGUCGCACACCCGUACAUGUAUUUCGCUCUGCGCACUUCUCGCGCUGUGGGCUACUGUGUAUCCGAAGGCCUCGUCGCACAUCCAGGACGCUUAACCUCUGACCGCUAACGUCUGAGCAGUCGCUGGGCUGGCCUGGACCUGUUUCGCGGUGACCAUGAAGCGAUGGUGGAGGACCUCCUUCUGAGCGCUCGUGAGCGCGAAAUAAUUGGAAUAACGCUGCAUGCUCUCAACGGUGAGCGCGGCCUGAGAAGGGCCAUCGCGGUAAAGGCCCGCCUCCAUAAGGAGCAUCGCCACGCGACGCGAGGGUCCGUUUGGGAAAAGGCAGUCGAGCUGAAAGAGGGCGAGCAGCACGGCCUCCUUCUCCGGUAUCGCCAUGUCGACAUCAUCCCCGAUGUACCCGGGGCCGACAAACGCCAUGAGACCUUCAAUUUCGUCCGCAUAUCCGCGAUUCUCGAGGUGUGCGCGGAAACCGACGCCGGUGACGGUGCCGUCCGCGAGGUCUUUGAAUGGCACGCCAGUGAUCACACCUAUGUGACGGAGGGCAAAGGCGAUGUGAAUGGGCUGAAGUUCUCCAUAAGUAGCCCAGUAGAUCUACGUCAGCGCCUUAAGUCCGUGAUACUUACCCGGUUAAAGGUGACAUCGUCGCGCUGGCGUGAGUCAUGGGAAUUAUUGAGACUCACUCCGGCCGGCAGCUUGUCCGAGGGCCUUGCAGCGUUCAGGACCUCAAGGCGGCUUAUGAUAGCGCUGAAUACGGUCAGGACGUUGACGGGGUCCAUGAGUGUGAGUAUAAAAGGUGGACAGGGGUACGAGUGAGGAUUUGGGGAGUGACGACGUGGUGCGAUGUAAAGACAGUAUACACGAGAAAGAAUGUGAUUGUCCUUCGAG